AUGCUUGAGCCCUCUGAAAUGCCUUUAUCUUCACGAUUGCCAACCAGCGUGGAAGCGGCACAGACUGCAUGGAUGCGAGAACGAGACUUUCAGUGUCUCUUGCUCAAUACUAGAACUCUGGCACUACGAAAAGUCUACCUACUCAGCCCUGGUGACCAAGACGCUGCUGUAAUCGCAGUCCUCAAAAGUCGUGGCAUGCUGCCGCCCGAUGUCGCGCCACAUUUCGAUAGCCUUGACCACCCCUCCAAUGUAAUCCCAUUGAAUCCUAUGGUUGACCCCUUGUUCGACGUAUAUGGUAUAAUCGCCCUUGCUCCCAGUCUUGAAACCUUGAAUUUCCUGCAAUCGCACUUGGAAGCGAAGAAUAGGGAAUACCAGGAGACUGUCGAUAGUUUUGGGUCCGACGCUCCGAGACCAUGUCUCUUUAGCGGUGUCUCGAACAUACUCUUGAAUCCGGAGCUUGAGCUCGUUGUGCUGCAUCCUAAAUAUUUCGCUUUCGACGAGGGACUCCCUUUCUCCACUCGUGCACCACUCCCUUCCGGCCAUCUCUUCUUCGACUACGACUCCCGCUCAGUGCUUCUCCAGACAUUCGACAAGGAAACAUUUCCAUUCACGCCUUUCCGGCCUGCGGCCCACCGCCGUCCUACAGAACACCUGAACGUUUUCUUCUUCGUGAUCAACGCACACGACAAAUUCGCUGAACAUAGAACUUGCUAUGGAAUAGAUCAUCUUUCCCAACGAACAGUGGACAUUAUGGAAGCCACAAGCAAAGUUCACGAUCUAAUUUAUUGGCGGCCAACACCUGGAACAGGCACUCGUGGUGAGAUCACCGACCGUUUCGGCGAGCAAAGCAAACACGAGAUGAAGGAGAGGAAAGAGACCAACUCUGUAACGUCUGCCCACACCCCCAUCGAGGAGAAAUCGCAACGGUCCUCAUAUUCAGAUGAAUCCUCGUCUGAUUAUGGCCGAGACGAACUCAACACUAAUGAAGUCAAGAAACUACAGAGGAUCAUCGACAGCCCAGCAUCCAGUCAAGAAGCGAGACUCAAUGCUAUCACAGCACUCCUCUGUGGGCCAGCGCCUCUCCCGCUCCCUCCGCUCCCUGGCAUCCCUUUGCCGCCAACCAAAGGAUCGCAGCAUUGA